AAUUAAUUUUUCUUUUCAAGCCAGAGCUGGGACUUGGACCGUUUCCUGUCCCCACCAACAGUGUCCUUGCUCAGGCCUGAACUGGAGACACUUCUCUGGAGUUCCAUGGCCUCUCCAUGGCCAACCUGAGUCUGCUCCUUAACCUGAGGCCCCAUUUGAAAGGCCUGUGGAUUCCCAGAUGAGAAGACUGAGACCAGGAUACCGGGAGAGUCCUAGUGGGCAGGACACACAAUCGGUGGACGUGGACGAUGUCUUUACCAAAGAGGAACAGAUUUUCCUGCUGCACCGUGCCCAGGCACAAUGUGACAAGCUGCUCAAGGAAGUUCUGCACACAGCAGCCAACAUAAUGGAGUCAGACAAGGGGUGGACACCAGCAUCUACAUCAGGGAAGCCCAGAAAAGAGAAGGCGUCGGGAAAGUUCUACCCUGAGUCUAAAGAGAACAAGGAUGUGCCCACUGGCAGCAGGCGUCGAGGGCGUCCCUGUCUACCAGAAUGGGACAACAUCGUUUGCUGGCCAUUAGGGGCACCAGGUGAAGUGGUGGCAGUACCUUGUCCCGAUUACAUUUAUGACUUCAAUCACAAAGGCCAUGCCUACAGACGCUGUGACCGCAAUGGCAGCUGGGAAGUGGUUCCAGGGCACAACCGGACAUGGGCCAACUACAGCGAGUGCCUCAAGUUCAUGACCAAUGAGACUCGGGAACGGGAGGUAUUUGACCGCCUGGGCAUGAUCUACACCGUGGGAUACUCCAUGUCUCUUGCUUCCCUCACCGUUGCUGUGCUCAUCCUAGCCUAUUUUAGGCGACUGCACUGCACGCGCAACUACAUCCACAUGCACAUGUUCCUGUCGUUUAUGCUGCGCGCCGCAAGCAUCUUCGUGAAGGACGCUGUGCUCUACUCUGGCUUCACGCUGGAUGAGGCCGAGCGCCUCACAGAGGAAGAGUUGCAUAUCAUCGCGCAGGUGCCGCCUCCGCCCGCCGCUGCCGCCGUUGGCUAUGCUGGCUGCCGAGUGGCCGUGACCUUCUUCCUCUACUUCCUGGCUACCAACUACUACUGGAUUCUGGUGGAGGGGCUGUAUUUGCACAGCCUCAUCUUCAUGGCCUUUUUCUCAGAGAAGAAGUACCUGUGGGGCUUCACCAUCUUUGGCUGGGGUCUGCCGGCUGUCUUCGUGGCUGUGUGGGUCGGUGUCAGAGCAACCUUGGCCAACACUGGAUGCUGGGACCUGAGCUCCGGGCACAAGAAGUGGAUUAUCCAGGUGCCCAUCCUGGCAUCUGUUGUGCUCAACUUCAUCCUCUUCAUCAACAUCAUCCGAGUGCUUGCCACUAAGCUUCGGGAGACCAAUGCGGGCCGGUGUGACACCAGGCAGCAGUACCGGAAGCUGCUCAGGUCCACGUUGGUGCUUGUGCCGCUCUUCGGUGUCCAUUACACCGUCUUCAUGGCCUUGCCGUACACCGAGGUCUCAGGGACACUGUGGCAGAUCCAGAUGCACUACGAGAUGCUCUUCAACUCCUUCCAGGGAUUUUUUGUUGCCAUCAUAUACUGUUUCUGCAAUGGUGAGGUGCAGGCAGAGAUUAGGAAGUCUUGGAGCCGCUGGACACUGGCAUUGGACUUCAAGCGUAAAGCACGGAGUGGAAGUAGCAGCUAUAGCUACGGCCCAAUGGUGUCUCACACGAGUGUGACCAAUGUGGGCCCCCGAGCAGGACUUAGCCUUCCCCUCAGCCCCCGCCUGCUUCCUACCACCACCAAUGGCCACUCCCAGCUGCCUGGUCAUGCCAAGCCAGGUGCUCCAGCCGUUGAGAAUGAGACCACACCAGUUACUAUGGCAGUUCCCAAGGACGAUGGAUUUCUUAAUGGCUCCUGCUCGGGCCUGGAUGAGGAGGCCUCUGGGUCUGCACGGCCACCUCCAUUGUUGCAGGAAGAAUGGGAAACAGUCAUGUGACUGGGCACCAAGGGGCUGGACCGCGGGCAUGGGCAAAUGGACAGAUGGACCAAGAAGCCAGUGUUUGGCUGGUUGUCUAUUCAGGACUGGACCAGGAAGAUGAACAAAAGGAAAAAAGAAAAAAGAAAAAGAAGGGA